GUUGAUAGUAUACCUAUGCACUUCUAUACUUUGAAAUGCAAAUAGACUGCAGUCUAUCAAACGCAACUUCCUUUUUCUGUUGUCAAGGGGAAACUGCUUGAAAGAAACGUCUAGCUUCUCACACAGCUUCAAGAAGGAGACAGUAAAAGUGGACUCUUAACUUACAGGUGAAAAACAUCUGUAUGCUUGGUGGCUGUCAAUCAAAUAAAAAAACUGAAACUCUCAUUUUAAGUGAGAAUAAUGUCCAACCAUUCAUAUGGACCACACCUCUGUAAGACCAACAUGUCGGAGGAGGUGAGGCUGUUCCAGAGGGUUGUGUACAGCCCCGUGUUUUUGCUGGGUCUGGCCCUGAACCUCUCUGCUCUGAGAGUGUUCUACCGUAAGAGAGCCAGCUUUACAGACACACACAUCUACAUGCUCAACCUGGCUGUGGCCGACUGUGCCCUCAUCACCUUCCUGCCCUUCAGGAUCUACCACACCUUCUUCAGCAUUACCUCUCCUGGCCUCUGUGCUGUUCUGGUUCUCAUUAAUUUCACCAACAUGUACGCUAGUAUUUUCACUGUUACUGCUAUCAGUGUUCAGAGAUUCAUCGCCAUUCAGUUUCCCUUCCACUCCAGGAGAAUGGGCUCCAAGAAGCAAGUGGCUGUUGUAGUGUGUGUGAUGAUAUGGGUGACUAUUGUGGUCCUGUGUGUGAUAUUCAGGGAGCACAAUAGAUCUGAGCACAAUCUGGCCUGCUUUGAGAGGGAAUUCCAUUUGUUUCCACUGGGCUACAUUCUGUCUCUGGAGAUACUGGGAUAUGUGGUUCCUCUUCUCACAAUGCUGCUUUGUUCAUGUCAGACGAUCUGCACUCUGCUGGCCUACAAGGACAUGCACUCAUAUAAGGACAACAGAAAAAGUAUUAGAAUAAUAUCAGCCAAUUUGGUAGUCUUUUUCAUCUGUUACACUCCUAUCCAUAUGGCAUUUUUCAUGAAACUCUAUGUUGCCUACAAAGUCCCCACUGACUGCCAACAGUAUAAUUUGAUGCAUAAGUUUUAUCAUGUCUCAGAAUGGAUUGCCACAACAAACUGCUGUUUAGAUGCUAUUGGAUAUUUCUUCUUGGUAAAGGAGUUCCGCAAGGAACUGAUCCCAGGGAAGACAGUGCAAAGAGAGAAUCGAGACUCUCCAGAGAGAAUUGCUCUCUCUAGAACCGAAUAGGAAUUGAGAGGAAUUAUCAGCUACUGUAUGUUCUGUUUUGGCCUAGUGAAUGCUGUCACUUGAAAAAUCAUUCAAAAUCUGAUGGUUAUACAGAUAUAUGAAUUAUAUACAUAUUUUCCAGCUA